AAGCGUUGCUAGCGUAGAAAUCACAAGUAAAACUUUGGCAUCCAUGUCGGUAAAAGUUAAUUCCUGCCGUCAACGUCAGGUUUUAUUUUGAAGGCACGCUUUGCGAUCGUCAAGGGAGAUACGCAUUAUUCAACCGCAUCAGCCAAUCACAAUGCAAUAUUGUCCAUUGUUAUAAAUUUUGAUUGGGUUCCGGUCAAACAGCGGCUUAGCAGAAAGGCACCAUUUUAUUGACUUCCUGCAGUAUGAGUUCCCUUCACUAGUAUUCCUAAAGCCAUAGUGUGACAAAAUUUCAGUUGCGCACUGAGAAGUUGCACUACACUGCGAUUUCCAUUCCCUUUUGAGAUCUUUUAGUUCAGCUCAAUACGGAUCACCCAUCGGUAGGAGCUUCCCAGGCUUUUUUGUAGUAACUGCGUUUCAUAUGGGAAUAUAUAAAUGUUGCAUAUCAAACGAACGUACAUGUAGUUGCAAUUUUCCUCUUCGUAAUGGAUACAUCACGAAUCGACAGUUAUUUGGCACAGAUACAAGAGAACGUUGUUUAGAAAAAGCUGGAUCUUUUAAUUUCUCUCGUGGUUUAGGAGAACUGCUGGCAAAUUCGAAGAACAACGGCAUGAAAGUUGAAAAAGAAAGUAGAGAGAAUGGAAGGGAAUUAUGAAAAUUAGGAUACGUUCUUCAUGUUUGGGUGGCCUGUGCACAAAUCAUUCCCAAAAACCUUUGCGGACACCACGCCUAACCGGCCACAGAGCAAGUAAGUUGUGCAUUUCACUUUAUCAACGACUGACAGCAUAAAACUCUUUGUUAUUUUUGCAAAUGUACUCUUCAGGAAGCUAUACGUAGGUUUAUCAAACUCAACGGAGGCCGAGGAAUCCCAAAAAUUACGAUUCAAAGGUGCGCACCCUGAGAAAAAGGCUUCCACGUUUCAACUCGUGAACUUGUUGGACCCGUUGCAAUCUUCAAUUUAGAUGCCGAUUGUGGAUUUUGUACUGUAAUGAAGGGGCAAAUGAGGGAAUACAAAGUUGUGGUGUUGGGCUCAGGCGGUGUGGGAAAAAGUUGCUUAACCGUACAGUUUGUAACAGGACAGUUUGUAGAGAAAUACGACCCAACAAUCGAGGAUUUCUACCGAAAAGAAAUUGAAGUCGACAACAACCCUUCCAUUUUGGAAAUUCUAGACACUGCUGGUACUGAACAGUUCGCGUCAAUGCGAGAUUUAUACAUAAAAAAUGGCCAAGGUUUUCUGCUAGUGUAUUCUAUUAUAAACAGGCAAACGUUUGCUGAUUUGAAGCCCAUGAGAGCUCAAAUAUUACGCGUGAAAGGCAGUGAAAAUGUACCUAUAAUUUUAGUCGGUAAUAAGUGCGAUAUCUAUGAUGAGAGAGAGGUUUCGGCACACGAAGGCAAAGAACUAGCAGACGAAUGGGGCUGUCCUUUCUUUGAAACAUCAGCCAAGACCCGCCAGAAUGUUGAUCAAGUUUUUGCUGAAAUUGUACGUAGAAUGAAGACCUCUGGAUCAGGACGAAGUGGCAGUAAAGGAUGUUGUGUUGUUCUUUGAGCGCUGAUAGUUUUUCAAAUUGAUACAUAAUAUUGCAAAUCUGACGCUGUUUGCAUGAGAUUCACUGCUCUGCGUAAGAGAAACUAUAAAAGCACAAUUUAAACCAAGAUAUGCCAGGAUUUCUAAGUAAAAAUCAAUUUGUUUCAAAAGAUGCACUUUCAGUCUCUUACUAAGACAAGCUCAGGCCAACUAUAUGACGGUGGGGGGUAGAGAAAUCGAUCUCUGCAGUAGAAAUUAUCACAAAAUUUACAAUUGUUUUCCAUAACAAAAUUUUGUAUGACGUGUUGUGAGUGCUGAACAAAUCCAAGCAAGUCUUGAAGAAAAUACAAAUGUGAAGUGAGUCAGCCAUGGAAAACAAACAAAAACACUUGAAAUAUAAGUAAGCUCAUUAGCUAGUGUACAUUAUUUUGGAAGUAACAGUUUGUUUUCCCUAGUUUGAUUUUACUGCAAACAUUGUUCACUAUAGCAAUACUGUGUGAUUUAGUCUUUUCUGUUAAAUCGGUUAAACAUUGUUAUGUAGGUUGCCAAGCAAUUCAAACCUCUGGAUGUGAGAUCUUGUCAUUGAAAUGAAUACUGGAACAUACUCCUUUUUGAAAUGCUUGGAAAUGUUUAUAGCAAUGUGUUGGCCAGUAAGGUCUAUUAAAUAGCUCAAAGUCAUGACAGUAUUUUGUUGUAGCUUGGCUAUUUGGCUAAGUAGAGUGGUUUUCGUGAACUAUGAAACAAAGAUUACAAUUUUUGAAAACCACUUGCUGAAAUAUUUUUCAAAGUUUUUGUCUUUUGAACAUCAUUAAUUCCUUAGCUAUUAGAUAGUUGUUUUUGUUUCAUGAGCAAUCAUCUUUUACCUAACUAGCCCAUAUACAAUAUGGAGGAACAUCUUGCUGCAGGGAAAGCUUGAAUAGGAAUUGAUGUUUACAAUAUAUUUGUCCUUAUGUAAUAAGGCUUUUAGGAUUUCAAUGUUAAAUGAUAAUUUCACUGGCAUUAACUUUUAACUUUUCUCUUAAACACUAUUAUCCCUGUAGCAGAAACCCUUGUGUAACCAUCAAUUUCAAAUAAUUUUUGAAUUUUUUUAUCUGCUUUCAAUUAUGAGAUCUUCAAUUAAAUAACUGUGCUUGUUUGAGCUGUCAUAUUUAAUAGAAAAAUCUAAAUGAAAAUCUGAUGCAAGGGUUUAUGUCGCUGGUGAUCAUGGUAUAGUUUAUGAUUGAUAUUAGGUAAUACUUGAUUUAUAGCACUAGCAAUAGAAAUUGAAUUGAUCAGAAUAUUUUUAUAUGUUAGCAUUCAAUAAGCACAUGUAAAUGCUGUGUAAAUUUCACAAUAACGAUAUUAGUUUGUUCAUUCUGUCACCAAGAGAGGGCUGGCUUAGUGCAAUUGGUACAGUGCUUUGCAGUGAUCUUUAAAAACAUUCAUAUAUCACAGUACCAUCAAGUUAGUUUAUAUUGUUCACUCAAAUUCAAAUUAAUUAGAAUUUACUACUAAAGUAUGUAGUCAUAAUUUCUUACAAAGAAACACAUUUUUACUUCAAUAAAAAACAAAUGUUUUU